AAUGACUUUGAUUGAUCAUUGAUGCAAAUUUAAUGCAAAAAUGCAUUGUUAUCGUAUUUUUUUACGUUUUUUUUACUCGGUUUUAAAUUAAAACCGUCAUGUAGGUUUCUAAAUUAGAGAACUAUGAAAGUGUACAUAAAAUACUCGUGAGAUUUGUUUGAUGUAUAGAAGCGUAACAUUGAUGGGUUACCGAGUGACCGGGUCAAAAUGUCUCACUAUUUGCCUUGGUUUCACUUUUGUAAUGGGAUGUUUUUUGGCUUCCCUCCCUAUCACGUCAGAAAAACCAAACCUCCAGAUAUCAACAACAGAUAGCAAAAAGAAACUAGCCAUUAUAGUACCAUUUCGUGACAGAUUCGAAGAAUUACUAGAGUUUGUACCGCAUAUGCACCAGUUUCUCAUCAAACAAAACAUACCAUACCACAUAUUUAUAAUGCAACAGAAAGACAGCAAUCGAUUCAACCGAGCAUCCUUGAUAAACGUUGGAUUUUUGUAUACAAAGCAAAACUAUGAUUAUAUAGCAAUGCAUGACGUAGAUCUACUACCUUUGAAUAAUGAUUUAAAAUAUGACUAUCCUAAAAAUGGAGUCUUCCAUAUAUCUUCACCACAAACUCAUCCAAAAUAUCACUACAGUACAUUUAUUGGUGGAAUUUUAUUAAUUACAAGAGAGGAUUUCGAGUCAGUUAAUGGAAUGUCAAAUAAUUAUUGGGGUUGGGGAUUGGAAGAUGAUGAAUUCUAUGUGAGAUUAAAAGAUGCAGGGAUAAAAGUUAAAAGACCAGAAAAUAUUAGUACUGGAACUGAGAAUACUUUUAAGCAUGUCCACGACAAAACCUACCGCAAACGUGACAUGCGCAAAUGCUUCAACCAGCGAGAGGUGACGCGGCGCCGCGACAGAGUGACAGGCGUCCACGACGUCGCGUACAGGAUACACAGCACUCACAACGUGACCAUAGACUCCCUCCCUGUGACUGUAGUCAAUGUUGAACUGAUGUGUAACAAGAACGCGACGCCGUGGUGCCAGUGCCCAGAACCGGCCAAAGCUAAGAAGAGCUAGUGGAAAUCACAAAACUAUAGGGCUGAUUUUAGUCUCACGCCGACCGCACGCGCACCGUCGGCGCUGAUGGCUGAGAUGUAUAAACUUAUAGGAAGCGUUUUUGAAAGAGGCGUAGCUAUCAGCGCGCACGGUGGUCAUCGCUGAUAGCUACGCGGCCGCACGCGUCGCGCGUCUGCGCCGCGUAGCUGUCGGCGCUGACCAUUGCGCGAGCGCCUCUGCCUUCUAUGAGCGUUCUAGUGUCGAGCGGAGCGGAUGUAGUCAGCGUGUACAGUCAUGGCGAAUCGCCGGUUUCUAUUCCUUUGGGAUUGGUAGUACAAAGCUGCAAUAAUUAAUACACUCCACAUUUUUGUCGUCGUCUGUACAGUAAGGCGUUCAGUACGAUACUAAAACGAGCCACGCUGAGCCUGAUGAUGAACUACGCGCUGAGCUAUGAGCGCUGACGGUGAGCGUGAGACUAAAAUCAGCCUAAGAACAACUCGGUCAAGCUAAGUUUGCACCUCGCGUUGAAUACGUCACACUAACGCUUGGGUACGGUAUACCGUACUGACGCGACAAGGCGACCGCGGGGAGGUGAGCGGGGCAGUGGGAGAGGUGCCGCAUUCCAGCGAGGUGCAAACUUAGCACAACCGAGUUAUACAGCACAUAACUGUUAUAAACUCAUGCAGUAGUGGACUGGUUCGUGAGAGUGACAGUUGUCACAAGUUGCACAUACUACUUACUACAAAAUUCAAAAAAAUUCCAAAUUCAAAAAAAUUCCAAAUUCAAAAUAUUUU